AAUGUUCUAUGUAGUGUUGGAUAUGCAAACACCGUAGGUGAUUACCCCGCCAUCAAUUCAAACUACUAUAUACGGUCGACUCUCAAAACAGAGCAAGUCGGAUAUCGUUGUCCGGCAUUUUCCUAGCGGGGACAUGAUUCCUUCCUGGAAUGAGAAUCCACGCUAUAUGGUGUCCUUAGUCACUAUCAACGCUCGAAGGACGACAGAGUGAAGAAUGUCAAAAGCAACGUGCCCGAACCUGCUGCAGGGAUCUCUCCUCGCACUACUCGUCGUGGCCGUUACAGUUUCUUCAGCACAGCCGUACAGGACCAAGCGGGAAGUCUCGUACUACGACUCCCCGUUGGAUAACGAAGAGUACCUCCUGGGACUGCUGAGGAACAGAGCCAGUUCCUUCUUGGGCAGCCAAGUUGGCAGUGGAGUGCCAUCGGAACAGAAACGUGCCGGUGGACUCCUUGACUUCGGCCUGUCCCGAGGAGUGUCUGGCGCCGAGGCAGCCAAGGCCCGCUUAGGGCUGAAGAUGGCGCACGAUCCUUACGGGCCUGGAAGACGCUAGACCGUGUGCAAAAGUUUCCAUCCGAACGUCCUAGCUGACAACAAAGGUUACAAGAAGAAUGAGGCGUGUGAUUGUGCCAAAAACUGAGCUGCAUUUGGCGACCAAUUCUAACACUUAAACUCAAUGCUACGAGCAAUAUAUCGAAUUUCCGAUAUAUCGAAUUUUGUUCAGAACACGCGAUUUUGCACGCAUGUUCUAGCAAACCUAUGCCACAUAUCUUUUAGAUACUGUACAUAUCUUCCUGUUCUGUUUGUGGUAAACUUAAUUUCUUCGAGGUACAUUAACUGUCUUUGUGCGACUAACUAAAAAAGAACGCGUGUCGUGCACUAUUUACCAUCUCCUUGUUCAUAACUGAAUGAUUGUCACUUUUGCGCCCCUUACUUAGUAAUUUAUUGACGCUGUAUAGCUUAGGUCUUAAGGUCUCUCAUAUUUGUGUAUAUGCUGCGUUAAGCCAUAAUAAUAAAACCGUCUUAGUCUAUGUGC